CCGGGUUUUUGUUUUCCGGGGGAAAUCUAGAAAUUUGAUCUUGACGAAUCGCCGGCGACGGAUUCUCAGACGCUGCUAUGGAAGGUGUUAUGGGUCAGGUAGAGAAACGGCCGAUUUCUACCAUCGUCUUCAUCGUUGCUAUGCAAAAGGAAGCUCAGCCUCUGAUCAACAGAUUACGCCUCGUUGAAGAAGUUAAUACUCCGUUUCCAAAAGAGGUGACUUGGAUUAUGUUUAAGGGAAUGUAUAAAGACUUGAACAUCAAUAUAGUGUGUCCUGGAAAAGAUUCAACUCUUGGGGUUGAGAGUGUUGGCACAGUUCCUGCAUCACUCGUGACUUAUGCUUCCAUUCUAGCAAUUCAACCAGACUUAAUCAUUAAUGCGGGAACCGCUGGUGGCUUUAAGGCCAAAGGAGCAUGUAUUAGCGAUGUUUAUGUUGUCUCUACUGUUGCUUUCCAUGACAGAAGAAUACCUGUUCCUGUCCUUGAUAUAUAUGGUGUUGGUAUGCGGAACACCUUCCCCACACCCAACCUUAUAAAGGAGCUGAACCUAAAGGUGGGAAGAUUAUCCACUGGCGAUUCUAUGGAUAUGUCUCCACAUGACGAAGAAUCCAUCACAGCAAAUGAUGCUACAGUUAAAGAUAUGGAGGUCAACAAUCCAUAAGUUUCCUGUGUUGAUGUACCUGGCUCCAUACUAUGUGUUUGUCUUUGUGUCUUUAUCAGUUACUACGACUUAUUUACGGAUUCUUGGCAUUUCAGGGAGCAGCAGUGGCCUAUGUGGCUGAUAUCUUUAAAGUGCCUACGAUUCUAAUAAAAGGUGUGACUGAUAUUGUGGAUGGCAAUAGACCAACUUCUGAAGAAUUUUUGGAGAACUUAGCUGCAGUCACUGCCAAACUUGAUGAGUCACUUACCAAAGUGAUUGACUUCAUCAGUGGGAAAUGUCUCUCAGACCUCUAACAAGUCAUACGUAUUAAGUUUCAUCUGUUCAGUAUGUGCAUUGGGCGAAGAAAGCAUAUGAAGAUUCAAGCAAAGGGCGUAGGUAGGGAAUAGGUUUGAGCAGAAAUUUCAACUCUUCACCUUUUCUCAUUUGUUCCUCUAUUUCUUUUUGCUGUCUUUCUAUUGAUGAUCCAUCAUACAUGUAGAAACUCAGCAAAUUUGAUACCCAACAACAGAGUCAUAAUUCUUUAAUAUCAAUUUCGAAUGAUUGAUGUUAACAGAAGAAAAAAUUUAGUUAGUUUCUCUUUCAUUCUUUUUAAGUGUGAAGAUGUACAAAACAACUAUAACUAUAACACACCUUUGUGUUGGCUUUUAACUAAGCCUAAAGACUAUGUAUCAAGAAAAAAAUCUCAAAGAACUGGAGUUGGAUUUUAGAAAGAGCCAAUGCAAUAAACAUGAAGCUUCUAAAUCUCACACCUACUCUUCACCAAAUAUCAACUAGACAGAAAUACCGCACAAUAUGCAGGUCACAAAACUGCAAAAGCUGCAGUGUAUAUAUAUGCCU